UGCCUACAUCCCUCUCCCAAAUCUUCACUAGCACACAAGCAAAGGGGAGAGAAGCAGACCCAGCACACCACGUUCCUCAUUAUCAGGUCUUUUUGUCUUUUACAUGGCGCAAGAGCUCUGCAAGCGGGACGGUUCUGGGUGCGAGAAAGCCAGCGCGGAUUUGGAUAAGCGAGCACCAGUGGCGGGUGUCGACCACAGCAGUUCCGGCGCCUCCGCCUUCUCGGUCUUCUCUAGCCGGCUCUAUGACUAGUAAUGGUCGGCUUGUUCUGCUGGAUGCUCCCUGCUCUAACCGGAUCUUCGACGGCACCAUAUUCAACAGCAGAUUGCCAUUUUCGGAAGAGACCUUCAAAGAGCUAGGAGAUACAUAUGGAAACUGGGGAUCAGAAUUUUAGGAAAAAGGAUAUAUAGUAGUGCUUUAUUUUAUUAUUCCAUUUUGCUCAUUUAUGUUUCGUUCUCAAUUAAUUCUCUCAUUCCAUCGUUGACUUGAUUUGUUAAAUUGAUGCGAGAGCGGCAGCAGCAGAUUUAGAUUCACCUGGACAUUCUUUUUGUUGGUUUUGAACUGGACUAUCCUGGCCAUCCAUCCAUCUAUCCUAUAUUUUUUUUCUGCUCCUGCACUUCAAUAGAGCUUUCCCUGUCCUUUCUGGGGGUUUUCUUCCUCUCUGCGUCUUUCCCUCUUGAUUAGAAUAGACUAGGAUUUGCUUAGCCAUAUUAAGAGAGGACAGCGUUUGUUAAGCAGCUACGUAGGUCAACAGUUGUUGUAACACAUCGAAUUGUUUAGAUAUAUUCCGAUCCGAAGCAAAGCCUUCCAUUGCUCCAUCAACGCCAGUCUGAAUUCCACAUUCUUCCUAAACCAGUAUUUAUCCUCAAUUCCUAUCACAUCAAAUCUACGCGCCUAAAUUGUCAUAAUUAAAACCGAGCAUUGUUCAACACUGGCUUAAUUGCCGUGGCGUUUGAAUUACAUGCUCGGGCCACUAUUAAAGGCCUCGGCAAUUAAUUAUUAUCUUUGAUUAGUGGCUUUGUAGCGUGAAUGUUCGUGUAAAUUUAAGCUGUAGCACUAGCUGCUGCAUAUCUUACCUUGUUUAGAAAAAAAGAGAGACAAGGACAAACGAUUUAGGACGGUAAAAUUGCUCUUUGUUGGAACAGUGCGGAAAGCGUACCGUUCCACUCCAAAAACAAACGAAAAAGCCAGAAAGGCUCACCUAUUUCUUCCUUAAUCGGUUCUCACCCAAACGCAACCAUAAGGUUCCUACCGCAUCCUCCCCCUUCCCCCUCCUUUCGCUCAAAUAUAUCCCAUUUUUUAAAUUUGAUUUGGUCCCGUAAAUUUUCAAAUAUUUAUUUCCUAUACAUCAAGAGGAAAGGGGGUCCCCCUUUCAUGGAAUGCGGAAACAUGGGUGUGUUUGACCGCGGAGUUCAGAUGUUAUUGACCACGGUGGGCGCGUUCGCCGCCUUCAGUCUCAUGACCAUCGCGGUGGGCACGGACUACUGGCUGUACUCGCGCGGCGUGUGUAAGAUCAAGAGCAACAACGAGAACGAGACCAGCAAGAAGAACGAAGAAGUGAUGACCCACUCGGGACUGUGGAGGACAUGUUGCUUGGAAGGAAACUUCAAAGGAUUGUGUAAGCAGAUAGAUCACUUUCCAGAAGACACAGAUUAUGAAGCAGAUGCCUCAGAGUACUUCUUACGAGCCGUACGAGCGUCUAGUAUCUUCCCCAUCCUCAGCGUCAUCCUGCUCUUCAUGGGUGGCCUGUGUAUAGCUGCCAGCGAGUUCUACAAGUCCCGUCACAAUAUCAUCCUCAGUGCAGGAAUCCUCUUUGUGUCUGCAGGCCUCAGUAACAUCAUUGGCAUGAUCGUGUACAUAUCAGCCAAUGCGGGGGAUCCUUCAAAGAGCGACUCCAAGAAGAACAGCUACUCGUAUGGCUGGAGUUUCUACUUUGGUGCUUUGUCCUUUAUCAUGGCUGAAAUGGUGGGCGUGCUGGCCGUGCACAUGUUCAUCGACCGGCACAGGGAGCUGCGGGCAGGCACGCGGGCCGCAGAUUACCUGCAGGGCUCGGCUAUCACGCGCAUCCCCAGCUACCGCUACCGCUACCGGCGCCGCUCCCGCUCCUCAUCCCGCUCCACAGACCCCUCGCACUCCCACAACGCCUCGCCGGUGGGCUUGAAGGGUUUCGGGGCUCUGCCCUCCACCGAGAUCUCCAUGUACACACUCACCCGCGGGGGCGACACCCUAAAGGGCAGCCACGGCACUCCCACCGCCACCUACAAUUCGGAGAGGGACCACAACUUCCUGCAGGUCCACAACUGCAUCCAGAAGGACUUGAAAGACUCAUCCCACACUAACACAGCCAACCGACGCACCACCCCCGUAUGAGGCACAACCUCCCCCCAUAUAGAUCGCUAGGAGAGGGAGACGGGAGCAGGGCAGAGAGGGGGCGGAGGCCCGAAAUAUUACAGAUAAAACUUCAUGUAUCAGGCGUUUUCAUGAUCUGGAGAAACCGGGAGGAUUUUUACUUUUCAAUCAAAGAUUACACAUGUAUGCAUGAUUUUGCCAUUGACAAAAUGAGGCUGGUUUGAAAUGGAGAGAGGCUAUAAGAGAUAUGCAGAGGGGUUCUUUCGGCCCGUCACACGGGAGCUGUAGCUUGUGGCAUUGAUUUGACAUGUUUUUGUUAAGGAAGCAUUUCAC